UCUUCUCUGCGCUUGGCACAGGACUGCGCUGCGGACCAUCUCUCGCAUCAAUGGAUUUGCGUAAACGGGCUUGGAGUGUGUGCGCAGUGGUCGGCUUGGUGCUCGUCGUGGGUGAACAGUCACGCGCCGAAGUCGCCCGGGAGGUCCCUCGGUUUGACGGCUGGUACAACAGCCUGGGCUCCCCCAGGCGCGGAGCUGUCGGUUCCCACCUCGUGCGCCUCGUGCCCGCGCACUACCGGGACGGAGUCUACCAGCCGGUCCAGGAGCCGCUGCUGCCGAACCCCCGCGCGCUGAGCCGCCUGCUGGCCGGGGGCCCGUCCGGUCUGCCCUCCGCCCGCAACCAGACCGUGCUCUCCCUCUUCUUUGGUUAUCAUGUCUCUUUUGAAGUUUUCGAUUCGAGACACCCCGGGUGUCCGCCUGAGUUCAUGAACAUCCCGGUCCCAGAAGGCGACCCUGUGUUUGACCCAGCUGCCACGGGGAAAGUCCUGCUGCCCUUCCAGCGCGGACCAUGGGACAAGGAGUCUGGACAGAGUCCCAGCAACCCUCGCACGCAGGUCAACCUGGUGACAGCAUGGAUAGACGGCAGCUCCAUCUACGGCCCCUCCACGUCCUGGUCUGACUCCCUGAGAAGCUUCUCAGGAGGGCUCUUGACUUCAGGCUUUGAGUGGAACAUGCCAAAACAUGGAGGCGGACGCAACCUCAUGUGGAGCGCUGCUGACCCCUCUACAGGAGAACAAGGCCCCCAUGGCCUCUAUGAGUUGGGAAACGCCUGGGCCAAUGAGAACAUGUUCACGGCAGCAGAGGGGAUUAUCUGGUUUCGCUACCACAAUUACCUCGCCUCCAAACUGCAUGAGGAACACCCAGAGUGGUCAGACGAAGAGCUGUUUCAAAACGCCCGGAGGACCGUUGUGGCCACAUUCCAGAACACCGCUCUCUACGAAUGGCUGCCCGGAUAUCUGGGAGACAAAAGGCUUCCUCCUUACCCAGGUUACCAGAAGUUUGUUGAUCCAGGGAUCUCUCCAGAGUUCCAGGCUGCUGCCGUACGAUUUGGCAUCACAAUGGCCCCACCUGGUGUUUACAUGAGAAACAGAACCUGCCAUUUUCAGAAGAUAAUCAACAUAGAUGGCAGCUCAUCGCCAGCAAUGCGUCUCUGUAACAGCUUUUGGAAACGUCAGAGAACCAAUGUGAAGACAAGCCAGGACGUAGACGACCUCCUCAUGGGCAUGGCUUCCCAGAUUGCAGAGAGAGAAGACAAUGUUGUUGUGGAGGACCUGAGAGACUACAUGUACGGACCGCUGCGGUUCACCCGGACUGAUCUGGUGGCCAUGACCAUCCAGAGAGGACGAGACUUUGGCCUGCGGAGUUACGCUGAGGUCAGAAAAGCCCUGGAUCUGCCUCCGGUCAAAACAUUUGAGGAGAUAAAUCCUAAACUGAACAGCACCAACCCACAGUUGCUCCAUGAUGUUGCAGAACUGUAUGACAGAGACAUCUCAAAACUGGAGCUUUUCCCCGGGGGACUGCUGGAGUCUCUCGACGGUCCAGGUCCAGUUUUCUCCGCCAUAAUCUUGGACCAGUUUGAACGCGUCAGAAAUGGAGACCGCUUCUGGUUCGAGAACAAACAGAAUGGUUUGUUUACAGAUGAGGAAGUGCAGACGAUCCGCAACGUGACGUUUCAUGACGUCCUUAUUGCAGUCACCAGCGCAGAGGACACUGAUAUACAACAUAAUGUUUUCUUCUGGAGGAAUGGUGACCCUUGUCCUCAGCCCACACAGCUGAAUGCAUCAAUGCUCUAUCGCUGCAGCAACGCGACCAAACUUAAUUAUUUUGAUGGGAGUAAAGCUGGCUUUGGCAUAUUUAUCAUUAUUCUGUUGCUCUUUCCUGUCGUGAGUUUUCUCGUGGCCUGUAUGGUGGCGUAUCUUCGCAAGUACAGGUACAGGAAGUUUCAGAGAAGAAGAAGAAGAGCUGGUGCCAAAGUGGAGGAGCUGGCUGCGGGAAUCACUGCCUACGAGUGGCAGGGCCAUAAAAAACCUCUGCAUCCAGUCAGCGUGGAGGUCGAUGAGAAGAGGAGGCUGCAGGUCUCCGACACAUCCGGCGCCGCUCUGCGCUGCCUCAAUCUGGGCAACCAGGACUACAUAGAUGUCCGUCUCUCCAACGACCGUCACUGCAGAGCUCUGCUGCUCAAAGUAGCCAAAGAGUACGACCUGCUGCUGUUUUUUGAUGACGAGAGUAAACGUACAGCGUUUGUCAAGCAUCUGCGCACGGUGGCGACAGUCAUCGGGCAGGAAAUUAGAGUGAAGGAGACAAGAGAGAAGGGACUGCUGAAGGAGGCUUUAACCAAAGAGCAGAGGGCCCAGAUCGUGGAAACUUUCAUCCGACACGCUUUCUCCAAGGUCUUGGAAAUAGAGAAGUGUGACGCUGGCGACAUGAGCGGCGUUUCCCACGAGAAAGCCAGAGAGGUUCUCCAGUGCGAGCUCGCGGCGUCAGAGUUUGCUGAGGCACUGGGCCUCAAGCCGGACUCUUUAUUUGUGGACUCCAUGUUCACACUGGCUGACAAAGAUGGAAACGGUUACCUCUCCUUCCAGGAGUUUCUCGAUGUGAUGGUAAUCUUCAUGAAAGGGUCUCCUGAGGAAAAAUCCAAACUGAUGUUCUCCAUGAACGACAUUGGAGGAACCGGUUUCUUGUCCAAAGAAGAAUUUGCCAGGAUGCUCAGGUCUUUCAUUGAAAUCUCCAACGGUGCCCUGUCAAAGAUCCAAGCAGAGGACGGCAUCAAGGCCAUGAUGGAGGCGGCAGGCUUUAAUGACAAGGAGAAAAUCUCAUGGGCGGACUUCCAUUUCCUCCUGCGGGACCACGAGAAGGAGCUGCAGUUUGCUAAACUCAAUGUCAAAGGGAUGGAGAAACAGGGGAAGAAGCGGCUGAGUCGAGACCAGAGGGUGUCCUUCAUCUGUCCAGCAAACAGCAACAAGAAGUCUGAUGGACCGGAGAUACGGAGACGGAGGAAGUUAAGCGUCAACGCUCCAAAUGUCUAUGUGAAGCCCAAGCGUGACCAGUACAUAAGGAACCCAGUGCAGCAGAAGAUCCAACAUUUCAAACGAUUCAUUGAGAAUUAUCGCCGACACAUCGUCUGCUUCAUCACAGUGUACGGCAUCUCGGCUGGUGUGACGCUCGAACGGUGUUACUACUACGGUUUGCAGGCUGAAUCGACAGGCAUCCCUGAGACUUCGAUGGUGGGCAUCAUGGUCUCCCGCGGCUCAGCGGCCGCCAUCUCCUUCCUGUUUCCCUACACGCUCCUCACCGUGUGUCGUAACCUCAUCACGCUGUGCAGAGAGACCUUCCUCAACCGGUACAUCCCCUUCGAUGCCGCCAUCGACUUCCACCGCUUCAUGGCCAUGACUGCCAUCCUCCUGUCAGUGGUUCAUAGCUUGGGCCACGUGGUCAACAUCUACGUCUUCUCCAUCAGUGACCUCAACAUCCUGUCUUGUCUGUUCCCCAAAGUAUUUUCCAACAAUGGGUCUGAACUUCCUCUCAAGUGGUCGUGGUGGUUCUUUCAGACGGUUCCAGGAAUGACAGGCAUCUUGCUUCUGUUUACUUUGUCAUUCAUGUAUGUUUUUGCCUCACACCAUUUCCGUCGCACCAGUUUUCGUGGAUUUUGGAUCACACAUUACCUGUACGUUGUCGUGUACAUUCUAACAGUAAUUCAUGGCAGCUUUGCCCUCCUCCAAGAGCCCCGUUUCCACAUCUAUCUAAUCCCUCCAGCGCUCCUUUUCCUGCUGGACAAAUUAAUCAGCCUGAGCAGGAAAAAGGUGGAGAUCCCGGUGGUCAGAGCUGAGCUGUUGCCCUCAGGUGUGACACAUCUGGAAUUCAAGCGACCACAGGGCUUUGUGUACCGUUCAGGCCAGUGGGUUCGCAUAGCAUGCCUGAUGUUGGGCACAGAUGAGUACCACCCAUUCACGCUGACAUCAGCACCUCACGAAGAGACCCUGAGCCUGCACAUCCGAGCCGUGGGGCCCUGGACCAGCCAGCUCCGAGAGCUCUACACCGAAGAGAGCCUGAUCGAGCUCGGAGCCUAUCCAAAGCUGUACUUGGAUGGCCCGUUUGGUGAGGGCCAUCAGGAGUGGAUUGACUUUGAGGUGUCUGUUCUGGUGGGAGGAGGAAUCGGUGUCACCCCAUUCGCCUCCAUCCUCAAAGACCUGGUGUUCAAGUCUUCCAUCAAGUCCAAGAUUCUGUGUAAAAAGGUGUACUUCAUCUGGGUGACCCGGACGCAGCGUCAGUUUGAGUGGGUGUCCGACAUCAUCAGGGAGGUGGAGGAGAUUGACACCCAGGAGCUGGUCUCCGUCCACACGUACAUCACUCAGGUGGCCGAGAAGUUCGACCUCCGCACAACCAUGCUGUAUGUGUGCGAGCGCCACUUUCAGAAGGUUUGGAACCGCAGCCUCUUCACUGGCCUGCGAUCUGUCACCCACUUCGGCCGUCCACCCUUUGUGUCCUUCUUCAGCUCACUGCAGGAAGUUCAUCCUGAGGUGGGUAAAAUCGGCGUGUUCAGCUGCGGACCACCUGGACUGACCAAGAACGUGGAGAAAGCUUGCCAGCAGAUGAACAAGAGGGAUCAGGCCCAUUUCAUGCAUCACUAUGAGAACUUCUAACUCUCCCUGAGCGGUGGACUGACGCACAUGGUCACCUUUAUUCAGCAAUCCUGAUUAUUAUUCUUCAAUCAUUUUAACCAGUCAAGGAUUGGCAAUUUUAUUUCAUAUGAUAUUACAAAUAUACAGGGUUGUAUUCAUAAUUUAUGUCAAAUCAUUGAUUUAAUCAUCAUGCUUGAUGAGGGUUUUUUCUAUUGGAAGCUUGACCUAGAAAUGGAGUAAAAGGAGUUCUGCUAAUUAUUGUUCUAUGUUUUUCAGAAUUUAAUGAUUGAAUGCUUUUAUGUUCUGAGUUUCUUUUGCA